AUGUUUGGUUUUGGCAGCCAGUUUUAUAUUCUUCAACUACUCUCGCAUACCACCAUGGAUUACAACCAAUAUACAUACGACUUUUGUUCAUCAUCUUCACCCCUCACACCCCCAAAAUUCCCAUCAAAUUCCCAAAUGUAAAAACCCAUAAACAUCAUCAAAUCUUGCAUCAUGGGUUGUGGAAAUUUCUUCUUCACAUUAAUAAUAACUUUCUCAGUAGCUCUAAUCACCUACAACAUCAUCAUCUCCGCCAAUGCUCCACUCAGACAAGAGCUUCCGGGUUCUUCACAAGGGGUUCUUUCCUUUGACCCGAUUAUUAAGAUGCCCGGAAACAGAAAGUCAGCGUUGACCAACAAGAAGAGGCUGUUUCAUACUGCUGUUACUGCUUCUGAUUCUGUUUAUAACACGUGGCAGACGAGGGUUAUGUAUUAUUGGUUUAAGAAGAUGAAGAAGACGGGCGGUGUUGACUGUGAAAUGGGUGGGUUUACCCGGAUCUUGCAUUCGGGUAAACCCGAUAAGUUUAUGGAUGAGAUUCCUACUUUUGUUGCUCAACCACUUCCUGCUGGUACAGAUCGGGGUUAUAUAGUCCUAAACCGACCUUGGGCAUUUGUGCAAUGGCUUCAACAAGCAGACAUCAAGGAAGACUAUAUAUUAAUGUCAGAGCCAGAUCAUAUUAUUGUAAAACCGAUACCAAAUUUAUCCCGAGAUGGCCUUGGAGCCGCAUUCCCGUUCUUUUACAUCGAACCUAAAAAAUACGAGACAAUUCUUAGAAAGUUUUUCCCGGAAAACAAAGGGCCGAUAACCAAUAUUGAUCCUAUUGGAAAUUCACCCGUUAUCGUUGGAAAGGAAUCUCUUAAAAAAAUAGCCCCUACAUGGAUGAACGUGUCGUUGGCGAUGAAAACAGACCCUGAAGCUGAUAAGGCUUUCGGUUGGGUCCUUGAGAUGUAUGCUUAUGCGGUUGCAUCUGCUUUGCAUGAUGUUGGUAACAUUUUACACAAGGAUUUCAUGCUUCAGCCUCCAUGGGAUACAGAAAUUGGUGACAAGUUCAUAAUUCACUACACGUAUGGAUGCGAUUAUGAUAUGCAGGGAAAGUUAACAUAUGGAAAAAUUGGCGAGUGGAGAUUUGACAAAAGAUCGUUCGAUAGCAUCUACCCUCCGAAAAACCUUCCACUUCCUCCACCCGGCGUCCCUGAAAGUGUGGUGACACUAGUGAAAAUGGUGAAUGAGGCCUCAGAGAACAUUCCAAACUGGGGACCUUAAGAAGUCUGCCGAUGUUUAAACUAUUUGCAGCACACGGUCAAAAGUAUAUUUAUAUUUCAUAUGUCUUCAAUACAACAAAAUGGUUGCUGUCGUCGAUUGGUUACUGAGUUUGACAUUGUAGCUAUUUACGCUUCGUAACCUUCAAGAAUGAUAGGAAAUUCUAGUUAUAAUGAAAAUUCCAUUUUCUUGGUUUUAA